GAAAACAAUAAAUGUCAGAAACAGUAGUGGAACUAAACAGAUGGGCAAAACAAUGUUGACAUUUUAUACAAAAGAAGACAUAGGACAAAACAGAGAAAGUUAAAAAUCGAAAAACAAAUCAUAACCAGAAAAAAGACCAAAAGACCGAAUAAAGUCGAUUAGGCGAUUGUAUCAUCCAUCCAAAUAUACAUCAUCUCUAGAAAUUUAUUGAGUAACGCCACCGCCGCGGGAAGGUCAAACAACGAAUCACACGGAACGACGUUUUUCGGAGGCUGACAUUGACCCACCAUCCGUCUAUCCGGUAAAAGGGGUUAUAUCACAAACCGUACCGCAAAAACUUAUCGCCUCAUCCGUAAAGUACUUAAAAGAAUAUCUGGGAAGGCUGAAAGUCAACAUAUCUACCACCAAUAUUUCUACCCUCCACCAUGGACACCACAAAUUCAUACAUUAGCGAAAAAUACCAUAGCUUAUGCAAUCUAAUGGAUCGUGAAACACUUGGCACAGAAGUCCUAAUCUAUGGCACUUCGGGGCUUAUGCUUAUGGUGGCCUAUGCCAAACGCAGGCCGGCCUACUUAGUGCGUCCCUUUAAAAAGCCAUCACACAUACCCGACCGUCUGAUCAAUGAGCGCGUAAUGCACACUGGUCGCAUAAAAGACAUCCAACAGAAGGGCCAAGAUACUUUGCUUUACAUCCAGCACCGUCCGUUGAUACCAUUUUUUAUGAGCAGCAAUCGUUUGUUGCCUAUUAAACUGCCCGGUGUUAAGGUAAAUGGCAAUGGUUUUGCAUGGCUGCAACAAUGCCUGGUGGGUAGAGAGGCCACCUUUAUACCUUUGAACAAAAAGGCAUCGGAUGACUAUGUCGUUUCGCAGCUGUGUUUAGUUCACCCACCAAAGGGCAAUCGCUUGCUAGAUAUAUCUGAGACACUGUUGAAGUUGAGAUUUGCGCGCUACGAUCAAGAUGCAAACGGCAGUAUUAAGAAGAAUGCCAAGUACUACCAGCAUUUAUCAAAAGUGGAGACAACAACAAUAUCGCGAGAGGCCUUGAUGUACAAAGUCUCCAGCUAUCCAUGGUUGUGGAGAAAGCUACAUGAGUUCAGGUCCUCCUUGUUGCCCAAAGAAAAACUGCUGCCAGAAUUAGUGCGUUAACGUGUUCCCUGUGAAUUAAUAUAACAGACAGAUGUAUUUGCUAGGUUAUAAGUACGAGAUUCUUUUUCAUCUGUCGUUAGCCAGGAAAACAUAUUAGAUUAUAAUCUCAAUGAUACAUGAUGCAAUAGAAACAAAUGACUUGACUAUGACAAAAAUUCCUACAUGACUAUGUUAUAUCGUCACCUAAGUUCCACAAAGGGGAAAAUAACGAAAGGAAAAAUUAAAUAUAUUAAGGACUUGGGCUUUUGCUUUCCAUAUAAACCAAACUGUUUUUUUUACCCAAAAUAAAAUUUAUUUUGCGGUUCAAUAGACCAUGACCAAUUUUUGUCUUGACUUUAGGGGACAAAGAGAAGACUUAAAUUUCAUGAUGUUGCUCAAAUAAAAAAAUAUUUUGAAAGAAACAUGAAAACCUGUCACAGACACACAGGACUAACUUAUGAGUAUAAACAUAUAGCAUAUACCAGAACUCGUAUCAUAAAAACCGUAGAAACAACUAUAAUUACUCUGUUUUGCAUCAGUCGUUGAUUGAUAGUAAUCGAACUUUGAACUUUAGUAGUUACCCGUUUUGUCUAAAACAAAUCAAAUAAUUGAUAUCGUUUUAUAUCGUUUGCUGCUCUGAACUACACCACUUACCGUUAAGUUACAUGCCAUUUGUCUUGAAACAGCAUUGUUACAAGUUAAUUUUAAAUAAAAACGUUGUUGCAUUUGCUCCUCCUCCAAUAUCACUCAAAAGAAGGUCUCGACUUUUCAAUAAAUAGAAAGUAUUUUAUUUAUUUUAAAAUCGUUUUAUUGUAAUUUAUAUGAUACGGCGACAUGCAUUUAAAAUGAUGAUGUGAUCCAGUACCUCAAUAAAUGACAUUGACAAUAUGAACAAGUACUCUUUUAAACUUUAUGAAUUAGCUUAAAGGCUUUCCUGCGCUAAGCAGAGUUUAUUUGUUUUGCAAUAGCAUAAGUUAUUAUCGAGACAACUUUUAAUAUUGCUGAAAUUGACAUUUAAAAUUAAGAUUUUUUAUUUACACUACGAAAAUACAUUAACUGAGACUUUUCAAGUGCCUUACUCAGAAAAAACGAAUACAAAUUGAAGAGCAUUUUCCAUUGCAGCAUGUCUUUAUAUAUUUUUUUUUUAAUUUCCCCCAAAACUAUCAAUGUCGGCUUAACCUGUCGGUUGUCUGUCUGUCUACGUAGAGAGUUUAUGAAUUGUGAAAAAAAUAAUGUUUAUAUUUUUAAUAAAAAGAAGAAUGUUAA